AUGGAGAUAUUUCUCCAAAUAAGGGGAAAAGGGCUGCUCAAGGCUCCCGUCCCGAUGAAAAGCCCGCGAGAGUUAGCUGACCGGUCCAAGUAUUAUCGCUUCCACCGACAAAGGGGACACGAUACUGAAGAAUGCCGCGAGCUGAAGCGACAGAUCGAGAAGCUAGUCCGCGGAGGACACCUCAGUCGGUACGUCCAACAGGUUAGGGAAUCAUCGUCCCAUCCCGAGGGUCCCGUUGAGAGCCACAUCGACAUCAUCACGGGCGGCCCAGCGUCCGGUGGGAUCAGCAUGUCCGGAAUGAAGGCAUACGCCCACUCAGCUAGGGAUGACACUCCCCGACGCGGCCCCGACCCUCAGGUCGCGUUUUCCCCCGAGGUCGUUGAGCGAUCGGAGCACGAUGAUGCGCUCGUAAUAAUGGCUCGUAUCGCCAACGCCCAGGUGAGGAGAAUCAUGAUUGAUACGGGAAGCUCGGCUGACGUGCUGUAUUCUCACGCUUUCCAGAAGCUGGGGCUAGCCAAGGUGGCCUUGGAACCUAUCUGCUCAGCGCUCACUGGGUUCACUGGCGACUCGAUCUCACCCUUGGGAGCCGUCACUUUACCCCUAACUCUAGGAGCACCACCCAGAACAAAGAUGGUGAUGUCUACCUUCCUAGUGGUGGAUCUCCCUACGGCAUACAACGCCAUCCUUGGUCGCCCCACCCUCAACAAAAUCAGGGCCGUAGUCUCCACCUACCACCAGACGGUGAAGUUCCCGACCCAUACGGGAAUUGGGGAAGUUUGGGGAAGCCCUCGAGAGUCCAGACAAUGCUACCUGAUGGCGGUUUCACUACACAAAAGGGCGAAGACCGAUCGACCCCUGGAGGACCCAAGAAAAAAAGGCGGCCGGACCCACAUCCCGAGCCGGCAGCCCCCACCUGUAACGUCCCACUGCUAA